CCGGAGUAUAGGUGUCUUAGCAGGAGCACUUAUCAACACACCAUCCUCAACAUGAAAGAAAGACUGGUGCCUAGCCUCGCCUACCUACAUCAACAGACUAAGAGGACACUGAGGUAUAAAUCCGCAAUGCCCACCCGCCAAAGCUCAACCCAUCACAACAGCCCCUUCUCAAUCCAUCCGAGAUAAGCAAGCUUCUCCAACCACACCAGACACCCUCAAUCCCCUAUACACACACACCCCUCCACCAAGCCACCAGCCCACCACAAACAUGCUCAGCAAAACCCCCCCCUCAAUAACCACAGUCACAGCAACAGCCACAGAAUCCGACGCCCCCGCCCUCGCCGCCCUGUACUUCACCUGCUUCACCAACGCCGCCCACCGGCGCGUCUUCCCCCCGACCCCGGAGAUGCACGCGUGGUGGACCGCCAACCUGCGCCGCAAGAUCGCAAGCGGGCGGAGCGUGGUGCUGAAGGUUGUGGCCGUGGACGCAGACCCGCUUCCUGCGGGUGCGGGUAGUAGCACCGAUGAGGGGAGUGGGAGUGGAAGCGAGCGUGAGAGUGAUAGCUCCGCUACCGGAAGCGGGAGUGGCAGCGAUGAUGAAGCGGAUGCCGAACCUGGCGUAGGAUCUGGGGAUGAUGCAGACGCAAGCGUGGGGAAAGAGGGUAGAAGACGCAGACGCAGCCGCAAAGGGAGAAUCGUCGCGUUCGCGGAGUGGGAGCUCCCUUCUUCUUCCGCCUCCAUCACCCCUGCGCCUGCGCCUGCGCCUGCGUCUUCCGCCCCAGCUCAAGAUCAAGCUCAAGCCCAAGCCCAAAGCCAAAGCCAGCCUCAACCCACCCCGGCAACCCAGACCCAAGCACCAGACUCCAACCUCAACCCCACCCUCCCACCGAACCUCUCCCCCUCCGACGCAGACCUCCUGCACCGCCUCCGCGCGCAAACCACCCGCCACCGCGAGGAGGACAUGCGCGGCGUCGAGGGCGGGUAUUACUACCUAAGCAUCCUGGGCACCAACCCCGCCUACCGCGGCCAGGGACUGGGAUCCCGGCUGCUGGCGUGGGGCAUCGCGCGCGCCCGCGCCGAGGGGCGACAGAUCUACCUGUGUGCGUCGCGGGAGGGGCGGUCGUUGUACGUGAGGCAUGGGUUCGUGCGGGUGUCGGAGGGGGAGGUGGUUGUUGAGGAGGGCGGGGAGCGGAAUUGGUUUAUGGUUUGGCGGGGAUAAACCCUUUCUGUUUUCGUUUUGGAUGAGGGGCUUGGUUUUUUGUUUCCCGAUGUGGGCUUGGGUUCGAUUCUAUUCCAUCUGUGUCGGGGUAGUGGGUGGGUUGUGUGUAUCAUGGCUGGAGUGUUGCAUAGUGUGGGAUAUGGUAUCGUGGU